AUGCUUUUACCAGUUUUUCAGCAACAAAAUGCCAAUGUGCAACAAGAUCAAUUGCUAGCUGGAAAACGUGUUCUUGAUCUUGCCUGUGGUGAUGGCCAUUAUACACGCAAAUUAAAAGAACAUCUCGGUGCGUCCGAAGUUGUUGGUGUUGAUAUUAGUCAAGCUAUGAUUGAUAUUGCACGGGCUAAAGAACAAGCUCAACCGCUUGGAAUUAUUUAUGAAGUAGCUGAUGUUCAAUCGCUUUCUUCACCAGCAGUUAAAUAUGAUGUAAUUACAGCUUUUUAUUUACUGAAUUUUGCUCGAACAAAUGAAGAGCUAAAACGAAUGGUGACUGCCACCAGCAACAAUUUGGCUGAUGGACAAACAUUCUUUGCUAUUAUAACGAAUGUUUGUGGUGAUGAAAGUACAUACAACAAUGAAAAACAUCGCAAAUAUGCAUUCAUGCGUGAAGCUAAGCUGAAAAAUGGCUUCCUUUCCGAUGGUGAUGAAGUGAAAUACACACAUUUCAAUGAUAGAGAUAAAACUUCAUUUUCAUAUAUAACUUAUUAUCUUUCGCCAAAAACAUAUGAACAAGUGUUUAAAGAAGCUGGCUUCAAGACAUUUCAGUGGGUGCCAUUUGAAAGUGAUCCUAAAGUUGAAGAUCGAGCCUUCUACGAUGAUUUUGUUCAAUAUGCACCAGCGAUUGGAAUCAUCGCAUCAAAAUAA